CUGUCACGAUGACUACAUCAGAAAAGAAAAAGAAAAUUCAAGCAAGCUUAGUAAAAACUUGAACCAUAAGUAUAUUUGAUAUCAAAGGAGACAUCACGAACACUGUUCAAAAAAAUUUUACAACAGGGAUUUUUUUUAGAAGAAUGGAGAAAAGGAGCUGAAGAACUUCAGGCUUAUUAAUCUGAUAGGCUCACGACAUUUUUUGAACUGUAACUACUGUACUUAAUGAGUCCUGAAACAACCAUCAGAGUUAAAAAGCACUCCUAUAAUUCGAAAGAAUAAAACACCAAAACAAGAAAACAGAGGAAUAUGCUAAAGUACUCUCAGUUCCCAAAUCUGUCUCCUCUUGAAAAAUCUCAGAUAGCUUAAAAUUUCAUGACCAAUGCUUUUAUAUAGAUUUCUUUUUAAUGGAAGGAAAAGUAACCAGCCUUUCAACUGUACAUUCAUGGAGUCUCAAUAAGCUGCGUUAUUGAAUAGAUUGAUGCUCAACUGGAUGAAUAUGGGAAAGUGGAGACAAUUAAAAUAACUAAGAGCAUUUUGUAGAAUAUUCUUAACGUUUAGAUUACUCAAGAAAAUAACUAAGAAUAUGAGAAGAAUAUUCUUCAUGAUUGUAUCAAAAUUAGUGAGAAUACCGAUUUGCAUGCUUCAGUUCUAAUACCAAUGAAUGAUUAUGUAUCAUCUUGCUUAUGCACUAUUUUACUCACUAAGAAACCUUCAGAAUCCUGCAAGUGUUCUUCCUGCUAUAAAUUCGAGGCUUUCACCUCUUCCUCAUGAACCUGCUGACUAUGAUCGUGGUGCAACAGUUGAUAUCCCUCUUGAUAAUUCGAAGGAUCAGAAGAAUAAAGAGAAAGAACUCCAAGCUAAAGAAGCUGAAAUGAAAAAAAGAGAACAGGACCUGAAAAGGAGGGAAGAUGCUAUAGCAAGAGGUAGUUCUCCAGUGUAA